GGACGCAUUGCUGAGAUCUUGGGUCCAACGUUCACUGUGAGCUUAACAUUGGGUCUCUGCUCGAUUCUGUCAUUCCUCACACCCACGAUAGCUGACGUUCACCCCCCUCGCCCUCGCCUUCCUUCGCCUCCUGAUGGGGUUGCUGCAGGGGCCAAUCUUCCCAGCCAUCUACAGCAUUAUCUCCCGCUGGACCCUUCCCGGAGAAACAACCACCAUGAUCUCCGCCUCCAUGUCAGGUGCAAGUCUCGGCGCUUUGGUUGCCCUCGGGUUAUCUGGCAUCGUGAUCAAGUCCUUCGGGUGGCGGUGGGUCUUCUGGGGCUCUGGGAUUGUGACGCUGGCUUGGCUGCCUUUCUGGGUCCUCUACGUGCGGGACAGCCCUUGCAAUCAUCCCGGAAUAUCAAAGACGGAGCUGCAUCGCUUGUCUAAGAACCACAACCAGCUGAGGAAAAAGGUGCCGUGGAGUCGCAUCUUCAAAUCGAAGUACGUCUACCUAUUCAUGAUGAUGGAGUUUGUGAACGUGUGGACGCAGACAAUUAUGAUCUCGGAGGGGCCUACCUUUCUCACCAACCAGGUUGGAAUCCGUCUAGAUGAUGCAAGUAAACUGAACACCAUCUUAACAGUCCUUGCUCAGUUCCUAAUAAUCUUUUACGGGUGGCUCUCGGACUUCCUGGAGAGGCGGGAGUGGCUGUCCAUGCUAACCGUGCGCAGACUCUUCCAGAUGUUUGGCACGCUGGUGAUGGUGGGCUGCUUAAUGGGGCUGGCCUUUGCUGGGUGUGACGCCUUUGAAGUGGCCGUGUAUUUCAUCGUUUUAGUAAUUGGACUACCCAUCACCAUCGUAACCUACAUAAUUGGCCCCAUGAUCAUCGCUCCUAACUAUGCUGGGACGUUGACUGGGAUGAUGGGCUUAGGGACCAUAGGUGGCUUCCUACUGCCCUUGUUCGUGUCUCUCUUUAUGGAUAAGAAAAACGGCUGGAUGACAGUUUUCCUGGUCUCAGCCGCUAUAAACCUGGUGACUGGAGUGAUCUACGUCAUCUGGAUGCCCAACGAGGAGGAAGAGUGGAACAUGUACGAGGAAAUUCCAGAAAGUGACAAAGAUGGGAUGAAGAAAAAUGGGAAGAUGAAGGGAGGGACUUUGACGCAGUAGGAAAGAAGAGCAGGAGGAAGAGGAGGAAGAGGAGGAGGAGGAUAAUUAUUAUGAUGUAAAAGAUGAAGGAUGAGAAGGAGGUUAUGAUGAUGAAGAAGAAGCAGAAGAAGCAAAAACAAGAACAAGAAGAAGGUGGGGCUUAUGACAUUUCAUUGACGACACAAACAUCAUUAGCAACACCACAGCAUCCCUGAAAACUCCAUUAACUUCCACUAGUGCCUGUUAAAAGGGAGGAAGGAAGGAAGGAAAGGAAAGGAACGGAAAGGAAAGGAAGAAAAACAGGAAUGGAAAGAAGAAAGACAGGGGAGGAAGAAAGGAAGGAAGGAAGGAAGAGAGACACAGGGAAAUAGAAAUAAGAUAAUCGAGUUUUAUAGGAAGAUUUAUGUAAACAUUGACGAGGCAGACUGACGCAAUAUUGAGCACUACGAUAGAACGUUAACUAAGAUACUGCAUAGCGUGACGCCCCACCAAACCACACAAAUGCUGAUGUGCAAUGCUUCUUAUCUGCCGUCCACCAAUGAAAUACUCAUGUUUAUUGCUGAUAAGAUAAAACUUUGCAAAAAUAAUAUUAACUUAGAUUGCGAGGGUACUUAAAUGUAUUAGUAAUAUACUUGUUCUAUUUGUAAUGCCACUACUGCUACGAAACUACUACUUAAUACUACUUAACACUACGAAAAAUACUUAUACUACACUUUUCUCAACCCAUCUAAGUGCUAAAGUGCAAAGUAGGAAGAAUCAGCAGCACAUUCACUUACAGAACGGUAGUGGUGUAAUGCAUGAUGACACACACACACACACACACACACACACACACACACACACACACACACACAGAUA